UCGUUUCUGACGCUUAUUAACAGCAGAACAAACACUUUUUUACACGUCACAUUCACUAUAAAACCAAAAUCAAAAUAUGCCUCCAAAAAAGUCUGGUAAAGGUAAAGCUCCAGCAAAAAAAAAAAAACCUUCAAAAAAGAAAGCGAAAGCUAAUAAAGCUGGAGCAAAAGCAGCAGCUCAUAAAAAGAAAGUGAAGAAGAAUACAGGGAUGAAGUCAACAAGCAAGAAACUCAAAGCUGAUGCAGCAGUUAAAGGAAACAAAGCUGGACCUUCUAAACAGGAAACAAAACCAAACACAGCAGUUAAAGGAAACAAAGCUGGACCUUCUAAACAGGAAACAAAACCAAACACAGCAGUUAAAGGAAACAAAGCUGGACCUUCUAAACAGGAAACAAAACCAAACACAGUGGGUCUUAUUAAUACUUCAAGUCUUUGCUCAGUGAAAGGAGGGGCGGGACAGAAGAGAAAAAAUCCCAAUCCAGCACAAGGCCAGAAUGAAGCAAAAAGAAUGAGGACAUUACUGGCUCCAGCUCCAGCUCAACCCAUGGUGCAUAUUGUUCAUGUUCCUGUUCCAGUGGUUCAGACGUCUGGAAGGAGGGAUUUCUACCAGCCCUCAGCUGCACGACAGAUUAGAUUUAAUAAUGAUGAAGUGAGCAACAAUACUGCAGUGUGUGCACAGAGCCAUAAAAUAGACAACUCUCGAACUGGAAAUGAGAACAUUACAGAUGAGAAUCUGCUGUUUUUAAAGGAUAAACGUGUUCAGUUAAUCAGCCGAAUAAAAAACGUCACUGAAAUCGUUGAUCACCUCGAUUUAACCGGGGAACAAGCAGCGAAAGUGCGAGCAGAGAAGACAGAACAGGAGAAGAUGAGGAUGCUUUUGGAUUUUAUACAAAGCACAUCUGCUGCAGAGAAUCUAGUCUUAAGCUUGUGGGAUCUCGCCAGUGACAUCAUGGAAGACCUGAUUGACGAGUGAAGAGCCGUGAAUAGAUGAAAAGAAUCCGAUGUAUCGGUCUUAAUUUUAUCAAUGAUCAACUUUCAUCACUUUUCUAAUGUUUUUAUCAAAAAAUCUUUUGUAACUUUAUAUACCAAAGAUAUAAAUAAAAAAAAUUCAAUCAUUAUA